GCUACUCUGAAACAAAACAGAUUUGGGAAGCCGACAUUAUCCGACAAGAUGGCGUUUACCUUUGCUGCAUUUUGUUAUAUUCUUGCUUUGAUACUGACGGCGGUGCUUAUCUUCUUUGUAAUUUUCCAUAUAAUUGCUUUUGAUGAGCUGAAAACAGACUACAAGAAUCCUAUCGACCAGUGCAAUAGUUUAAAUCCACUUGUGAUACCAGAAUAUGCCAUUCACAUAUUCUUCACGUUUCUGUUUCUACUGGCGUUCCAACUGGGCACAGUGCUCUUCAACAUGCCACUUAUCAUCUACCAUAUUCGAAGGUACAUGAACCGACCUGUGAUGAGUGGAAUGGGCCUCUAUGACCCCACAUCUAUCAUGAAUGCAGAUGAAUUGGGUCGUGCACAGAAAGAAGGAUGGGUGAAACUGGGGUUUUACCUCAUCUCUUUCUUCUACUAUCUUUACAGUAUGAUUUAUGUCCUGGUAUCUUCCUGAAAAGUGAUCUGUGAAGUGCUGCGGCAACAACAUGCAUGCAAGGCAAGAGAAAGUGACAGCCUCACAUUACUACAGUUGUCUCCAGAUGAACAAAGAGUGGCUGUUGUGGAAAUCCGACUUGCCUUAAAACUGCCAUUUGAAAGUUCUGAAUUUUCUUUUAUUUACUGUUGAGGAUGUCUGUGUGUGAUCUGUUUUCCUUUCGUUUAAAAUUCUUCUAGUUUGGGCAUUGACGCAGUUGUUUUUUGAGCAGAGUAACGGUUGAAUCGCCCUUGUUUGAACUACAGUUUGUCAGCUUCCCUGAGCUUUAUAUCCAGAUCUGGAUAGAAUGUUUUGUUAAUAGGAAAGAAAAAAUCUGGCCCCCAAACUCUACUUAUCUAUAAAUUACAGAAGUUUCGGAAUUAAAAGAAAUAAACAUUUGAACAGUCCACUCCAAAGUAAUAAGGAGUUUGCUGAUUAAGUUUUUCUUUUACUAAAACCACAUAGGCAUGCCUGGGCCUCAUUCAUCAGUUACAAAUCAGACUGGACAAGUAUUCUUUUCUUGGUUUUUAAGAUUCUUGUUUGUUUUGCAGGUUAAUGUGUUGUAUUUUUAUUACUCAAUCUUUGCAUCGCAUUGACACAGUAGUCUGUAAUGUAUUUCAAAAUGCACUGUGCACAGAUUAGUUACUAAUGAAAGUAUUGGUUUGAAUUGGUACUGAUAGUUAACCAUGUAUUCUACAAUCAACUUCUCCCUUCAGUGGGGUCAGAGAGUUCAUGAAAAGUAUUAUUUGAGGUAUCAUUCCCAAGGAGACCGAACCGAAUCUGUUCUGAAGAAGUAUGAAAAGAGGGGUCAUAGAAGUAGCCUACUUUACAGGCUUUUUAUUUUGGAACCCUUUUGGAUAUGUCAUGCUCUGGUAUUAUUCAGCGCUGGUAAUAUAUCCUGAAUAGCCUUAAAAUUGUAUAUCCUAAUAAUGAGUACUGGAAGGUGUGGGGGGGGGGGGGGGGGGAUCUGAUGCGCUCCAAUUUAUUUCUACUUUCAGGCCAAUGUAAAUGAAUUCAGAAUUGUAAAAUUCAAUGCUAACAUGCCAAAUGUUUGUGUUAUUCAUGACACAUAAUAUAUAUCACCUGUUGCGAUGGUAAUGACAGCCACCUUGAAAAUAACAACGUCUAAAUUCGUAAAAUUUCAAACGGUAAUUAUAGAAAGAUGUUUUACUUUGUAAGAUGGGAAUGGAAAGGCAGGGUGUAUAUUGAGGUAAUAGGGUUGCUAUAAUUUUGAUCGAAGUGUUUUCAUGGAUGUAGUGUGACUCUGAAUUUCCUGAUGAUAAUGUAAAAGAGUUAAAAAUAAACCCACCUUUCCUCUCCUCAACCUGAUAUAAAUACUCAUUCACCCUGUCAUGUUAGAGAAAAGACAAAAAUGACGAGUCUGUUACCCACAAAUAUGGAUGAGCUACACCCUGUCAAAUUUCAAGUCUUUAGGACAAUAAAUAACUGAGAUUUUGGGUUUUUAUGCAUGCUCUCUGUGAAAAACAUAAUUCAGAUAAAAUGACUUCAAAGUCGGAAAUGAUCUGGUGUGAUCGUGGCAUGCUGUCCUUGAAAAACACAGUUCUUAGGAAAUGGCCAUCAAAGUUGAAAAUGCGAACACCGGAUUCGAUAUCUAGACUCAUUCUGGUAUUCAAGAGUGCCAAAGCCUCAAAAAUGAUAUUCCGCCAGUCUCUCUCACCCCCCACCCCCACCCUCACAAUCCCUAGCAAGGAAAAGAAAGAAGGAUAUAUAAGGGAUAAAAGAAUGAAGAGAAAUGGAUGUUUCACUUAAACUUGAAGGUACUGUAUUGUUCAUUGUCUACCUUCUAUUGCAUGUUGACAUAUCAUGUUAAGGGUCUGAAACAUUUGCUUGACGACUUAAAAGAGAUGAAGUCGUGCCAUUUGAACACAUGCUAUGAGUCUUUCCUUAAUGUUUUUUUAAAAACUUUUGGCUCUUUCCUUGCUUGUGAUUCUUUAUUUCUACUUCAUAAUUUGCGUUCUGCCACAGCUCUGUCAGUUUUUCUGCUAUGAUUCUAACUGUUGACAUGUUUUACUCACUUAUUCUUCGAAUGUGCAUACUUUGUUCUUUAAUAUAAUAUGGUUGUAUUGUCCUUUCUAGGUGACAGUGCUGCAUUAUUUUGCAGUAGUGAUACUGUGCACCGUGAGAGUCUCAGCUUUAGACAACCAGUUCUGCCACUAGUUUUGAUCAGUAACACAGAGCAUUUUCAGGCUUUAUGUGGUUAUGAGGAUUGUAUGUUUUUAAAAAAAUGAAAUUGCAUCAGGCAAAAUGGGUUUGCAUUGUAGAUUUGGUGUUAACAUCGAACUCUGUAAGACAGACUUUUGGUAUUGAAUUGUAUUUUCAGGUGGGUUUUUGGGGGGGGUUUUUGGUUCUUUUCAUGGGACCCUUUUCAGGAGGUAUUUUUUAGAGGUGAAUGGUAGAAAGGACUGCUACUGAGUAUUUGAUUCCAAUUUCGCUUACUAGCAAUAAUCGCACUUGUGGGUUUGGAAUAGAGAAUUAGAUGAAUGUCUUUAAUAAGCCUUUACAGCUUCAAUUGUAAAGCACCUAUGACAUCUGGGGAGAAUUGUCUUUGCCAUUAGUAAGCUUGCAUAAGUACAUGGACAAACAACUAUGUUUGGAAGGCGAAAAAACAUCACUUUUACUCAUCUUUAUUUUUUUCUUUUGCGGGAUUUGCUACAAUGUGGCUUUGUAAUUUAGGGGUUUUCUGAGCACUAAGAUAUUUUUAAAAUUGUAUUGAGAAUAAAAUUUCUUUGCUGUGCUAUGUAGAUUUAUGAUGUUUUCAUGACUGGGCUGUCAAAAUAUGUGGAUAGGUUUCCUUCUAGUAUUUCUUUUUCAUUGUUGCAGGUCAUAUUUUUUAUGCAUCAAUAACGAAAGCUGACUUUUUCUGGUACUCAGUUUUGUGCAUGAUAGAAUUAAGGUGGAAAGAAUUUCCAUUGAGAUAAAGCUGUCAGUUUGGCGAUAAAUACUUUCAUACUUUAAUAGGUUUGCAAUUGAACAGAAAAUCCAUUUAGUGUCUUGGAGUUCCUGAUGUUUUUCUGAGGCCCAAGUCUAAUUAAAAUUAUUUUCCUAUAGAUUGUCUAAUCAUGAAGCCACAAACUCAUCCCAGAUAUAUUUUAUCAGUGGAUGGUGGAUGAUAUUUUAUGAAAUUGUAAAACAGUGUCUGCAAGGUGUAAUACUCCAUAUUUUCUCCAAAUUUGGGACCUUCCAUUCUGUGUUGUUUAGUAAUUGUUGUUAUUGUUAUAAUUGCUCACAUUUCUUAAUCUCAAAGAGAAGCAGCAGGACGGUAGUUUAUCAGAAAGUCCCCUUAGAUUGAAUUAUUAAAGAACAGUGAAUGAGAACAGCAUAGUAUUAGUAAGAAGUUUUGAGUGCUAUUCCUUUUCCAAGCCCGAGUGCAACUUUCCUGGCCAAUUGUUUCUUUCUUAUUUUCUCCUAUGGUAGGCUGAAAGAACCUUUGGUGUGUAACUUUUACGUUUUGAAAGUCAACAACAUGAAACCCAUCUUCCUUAAAAAGAAGUUCUUGUUUCCAGUAGGUUUUGUUUGUUUUUUUAAAUUCCAGCUCGCUCUUUAUUCUUUCAAGGCCCCUGUAGUAGAAAAAAUUAAAGCUCUUUGAAUCAUUUGCCAGAGAUGUCACAAUGUCUUGCAUCACAUACAUUGUACUAAAAAUGGCAUUUUUUCCGGCCAGUUCUUAAAGGUUCGAACCUCAACUUACCUCAUCUCCUCUUUUCUUUUGUGCCUGUUUUGUUUUGUGAAAACUUGUAAAAAGUUUUUAAAAUGAAAGAGCAAGGGCUUCCUUUUACCAGUUCAACAGUUUUGACUAGGCAGAUACAGGUAUAUGGUCUCCCCACCCCACCCCCUUUUAAUAUUUUUUCUAUGGUGUGUGUGUGUAUUUUUUGAGUGAACAUAGUAUGUGUAUGUUAAAGAAGACUUAUUUAUGAAUGCUUCUCCCUUGUAUGCUUGUCUGUGUGUGUGUGUGCUUGUAUGUGUAUAUGUACAUGUAUAUAAUCAUAUUAAUUCAUAACACUGAUGACGCCUGUUGAAUUCAGACUUCAACCAAAAUUUGAAUUUUCUUUGCUGCAACCGUCAUAAUUGAGUAGAUUAGUUAAUGUAAGGCUUCCCCUUUUCCGUUCUCUUUUGGCUCAUUAUCCAGAGGGGAUUUCAUCACAUUUUUUGUAACAGUAGAUUGGGUUAGUUUUGUCAAACAAUAUGUGCACAGUGUUUAAUAAGUUCUGUUCGUUGCAAAAAUGUUUUUCUAGUUCAAAAAUAACAAUAGGAGUUUAUAUUGAAGAUUCAUUUAAUUCUUUUCAGUCAUUUCAUUAUCCUUUAUGGUACUAUAAUCAACGUUUAUCUAGAUUCUUCUUGUUAGUUCUCCUCUGUAUAUUGAUAAUCAUGAAUGAUUGAGUACUGACUGGUUUGAAAAUUUUUAUGCGUUUGUCAAUUUUUUAAAACCAUUUUUAGAUUGUCUUUGCUAAAUAAAACCUGAACAAAUCCAUA